CUGCUGUAACUCUGCAGCUGCGCCACCUGCUGUUCACAGAGGAAAUCAACCCCCGGAAGAUAUCACCGGAUGUUUGCCAGAAAUCGCGCGAUAUCUGGCCUUGCGAGACUUCUGGCCGUUCUUUUCCCCGGAACAUCAGGCAAGAUGGCGGAUACCGAGAUCAAGAAGAAGCGUACCUUCAGGAAGUUCACAUACAGAGGUGUGGACCUGGACCAGCUUCUGGACAUGUCCUAUGAGCAGCUGAUGCAGCUGUACUGCGCCCGCCAGAGGAGGAGGCUGAACCGUGGCCUGCGUCGCAAGCAGCAGACUCUGCUUAAGCGCCUGCGCAAGGCAAAAAAGGAGGCUCCUCCCAUGGAGAAACCAGAGGUGGUGAAGACCCACCUGAGGGACAUGAUCAUCCUGCCUGAGAUGGUUGGGUCUAUGGUUGGAGUGUACAAUGGCAAGACUUUCAACCAGGUUGAGAUCAAGCCUGAGAUGUGUGGUCACUACUUGGGAGAGUUCUCCAUCACCUACAAGCCAGUGAAGCACGGUCGCCCUGGUAUUGGAGCCACACACUCUUCUCGUUUCAUCCCUCUGAAGUAGAAUGGCUGUAUUAUUUGUAUAAAUAAAAAAUUGGGUGCUCCACACAACA